CUCGACGCCCCAUGAUGGUGUGCAUGUCCAGCGUGUGGCAGCGGGGCUUCGUGUUUGCCGCGCGGCUCCGAAAGCACAGGGCGUAUGGUUUGGCGGGUUUUUCAUCCAGGUACUACAGCACCACCAAGACUGCACCUCAUAUACCAGGCAUGGAGUACCAGGAUGCCAUUUGCACUUUGAACACACUACAGACCAAUGCCAGUUGUCUGGAGCAGGUACGACAGGAGCGCAGCAACCCUCAGCUGCAGCUCCAGGCCAUGAGAGGCUUCCUGGAAAGAUCCGGUCUCACAGUGGAGGAACUAGACCACCUCAAUAUCAUUCAUGUGACAGGGACAAAGGGCAAGGGGUCAACAUGUGCGUUCACUGAGCAGAUUUUGAGAAGUUAUGGCUUCCGCACAGGAUUUUACAGUUCCCCACAUUUGGUACAAGUCAGGGAGAGGAUCCGAAUCAACGGACAGCCCAUUGGAAAAGAGCUCUUCACUAAAUAUUUCUGGCAGGUUUAUGGACGGCUGGAUGAAACUAAGGCUGCUCAUGGAGGGACGAUGCCGGCAUACUUUCGUUUCCUCACCAUCUUGGCCUUUCAUGUGUUUCUUCAGGAGAAGGUGGAUUUAGCUGUAAUUGAAGUUGGGAUUGGUGGAGCAUAUGACUGCACCAACAUCAUAAGGAGGCCGUGGGUGUGUGGCAUCUCCUCCCUGGGUAUAGACCACACUCAGAUUCUUGGAGACACCAUAGAAAAGAUCGCCUGGCAAAAAGGAGGCAUCUUUAAGCCUGGUGUUCCGGCCUUUACAGUCAGACAGCCAGAAGACGCCAUGUCUAUGCUCAGGAACAGGGCCAAAGAGAUCAGAUGUCCUCUGUGGGUGUGUCCAGAGCUAGAGGACUACAAGGCAGACUGUGGACCUUUGCGUCUGGGUCUGGCAGGGCAGCAUCAGCGCUCAAAUGCCUCCCUGGCUCUCCAGCUGAGUCACACUUGGCUGCAGAAAAGAUGCCUGCCAGUUAAAAGCUUUCCCUCCACCACUGUUGAGAACACAAGUGUACUGCAGGCGACUUCCUUCAAGCCCAGCCCUAUCAUGGUAAAAGGGCUGGCCGACACGGAGUGGCCCGGGAGGAAUCAGACUCUGAAACACGGACCAGUCACCUACUUCUUGGAUGGAGCUCACACCAUGCGCAGUAUGCAGGCCUGUGUAAACUGGUUCAAAGAGACUGCAGCCCAGCAUGAAAGGAAUGCAAGUGGACCUGUGGCUAGAGUUUUGCUGUUCAAUGCCACAGGAGAGAGAGACUCAGCAGCCAUGCUUAAACUACUGGUGCCAUGUCAUUUUGACUUUGCUGUGUUCUGCCCAAACAUCACUGAGGCCAUUGCUUCAUGUAAUGCAGACCAGCAGAACUUCAAUGUGUCAGUGGAGAACAUGUUGACCCGCUGCUUGGACAACGAGAGGAGCUGGCAUCUCCAUAACAGAAUGGGGGAUAACAAAGGUCCACAGCUGUUAAUCGAGAGCAGCCUGCCCCUGGUCCCUGAGAAGAAAGCAGACACCCUGGUCUUCCCCUGCAUCCUCAGUGCCCUUCAGUGGAUCACCCAGCGCAGGGAUUCAGUGCUGGCAGACCCAGCCAAGAGUGUCUUACCGGUAAAACCCAGCAUCAUGGCCAAAGCUGCUCCGCUCUGCGACGCAGCAGAGAUACACAUCCUUGUCACUGGAAGCCUCCACUUGGUGGGAGGAGUACUCAAACACCUUGACCUGGCUUCCUCCAAGUAAACAGACCAUGUGAAGUUACAUUAAUGCAUUUAAACCGUUAAAUAAUGGGAUUCUCUGCCUACAUGCACAUCUACCUUCAAAUAAUUUCUGUCUGUAUAGAUGAGGUUAUAGUGGCAUUAGCUUUUUGAACACUGUUAUUAGGUGUUGACCUGAAUGGCUUUAGCUGCACCCGGGUAUUGUUAUUGUCUCGUAGCUUCCCUAUAGUGGCUUAUGGUAGGAGCCCGUAAGUUUGGACCAAGGCAGCUCCAGGCCUCUUAAGCCCCAGCUUCACCCAGAGCCUUACAGACGAGCACACAAACAUGUGGAGCUCCCGUCUUCAGUUUUACUUGAAGCCAAAUAUGUUUACAAAGGGUACAUUCAUGUACACCACAAUGUGAGCCGAGUUGGCUAAACUGGAACUGUAUGUAAGCUUCAGUGAUCACAAACGCCACCAGGAUGAACCGGUGUGGUCAGUGGUGUGGUGGUUAUUACAUUUAUACAAAAACUGUAGAUUACUGGCACAAGGAAGUGCCACUGGAUGAGUUUUCUGGUUUUUACUAUCUAUUUGCAACACUUGACUAUUACAUUUCAGUCUUUCUUUUUUUUUUUUGAAUGAAAGCCAUUUUGCACGCUUUCUAAUUUUAUUUUGUCUGGAUUUGACUGUGUUUUUUUACACAUGGCCUCUAAUUUCUCUUUUGUAGGAGUGUAAAUAUUCACUCAACACUAGUGUUGGAAUCAGAUGUAACUAAAUCAAAUUCUGUGUAAUCUGUUUUACAUUGAAAUUAGUCAUAUUUAAAUGGUCCUAAUGCAAAUUAAUGAUAUUUAAAUUAUCUGAUGUAUAUACAGUUAUUUUAUGUAAAAUGAUGAAAGAUAUUGAAACUGUAUGAAAUAAACUUGUCAAAUGGGUCUUAAUGUUAUGGGUAUUCACCCAGUGAAACUAACUGAGGUCUUGAGCUUCACAGGUGCUUCAGACAAAUCCAGUCACUCUGUGACCUUGAAUGAGUUUUGAAUUCAAUUACAAUAUAAAAUAAACUACACUGUUCUUAUUGUUAAUGUGGACCCAUCAAGACACAAAAUACACUUAAAUGGAACUUGUCACUCAUAGUAGUGAAGUUGAAAUCAGCUGACAUCUUAAAUAAGAGUUGAUUUAAAAUGUGGGUAUGGAAAUAUCUACUAUUGUUUUUGAAUAUUUCUUGGUCUCUCCUUUGUGAACCUCCAACUUGAUCAAAUGUGUUUUAUGAUUACAGACACAACCCUUGUCUAUCCAUUGUGAUCCACAAUAAAAAUCUUUCCAAAAUGUAA